CGCUAUUGUCGAAUAUGAUUAUACGGCCAAGGAGCCGGAUGAACUUGAUCUUGUGAAAGAUGCAAUAAUACACAGUAUUAAACAAAUGCCCGGCGGAUGGUGGGAAGGUACUCUACAGUCGUCUGGCAAAACCGGAAUGUUUCCCGAUAAUUUUGUACGUGUCGUCGAUAUGAAUGAGGAUAAUACUGUCGUGCUAAGAGACAAAACAUCGACAAGUAAUCGACGCUGUAAAGUUAUCUACAGUUAUACGCAAGUCAAUGAUGACGAACUAUCACUGGCUGUGGGUGAUGUCAUUGAAUUCCUUGGGGAGGUUGAAGAAGGCUGGUGGCGUGGACGUCUUAAUAAUAGAAUCGGUGUUUUUCCUUCGAAUUUUGUUAAAGUCAUAGAACCAUCUCCGGUGUUUGCCAGCAAACGGCCACCAUCGUUAGCAAAACCAACAACAAUAACAGGCACUGGCAGUGGGACAGUGUUGAGUUCUACGGCAAUAUUGAACACAGCAACCUCAUCAUCUAUUGUGGCAUCGUCAUCAUCAACAUCCUCCUCCUCAACCACAACAACGAAGAAAUUGAAUCGCCUUAGUUUUCAUAAUUCCAAAGAGGAUCUACUAAAUUCCGGCACCACAAUUGCGGCCAAUUCGACAGCAACCUUGACGGCUGCAGAUGAUGUGGCUCCCAGUUUACCACCGAAACCCCAAAGAGAGCAUUGUCGUGUGGAAUUCCCCUAUGCACCACAGAACGAUGACGAAUUGGAGCUGAAAGUGGGCGAUAUCAUUACCAUUCAUAGCAUGGAGUUGCCCGAUAAGGGCUGGUGGAAAGGUGAACUGAGAGGCAAAAUUGGUGUAUUUCCUGAUAAUUUUGUUAAGCUUAUAGCACCGACAGAAGUUUCGCCUUUAAAUGACACACAACAAACGCAACCUCAACAAAGCCACAGGACUGCCAAAUCAUCAAAUCUUACGGCGACGACAACCUCCACCACCAUAACCAAUAAUUUGGGUACGGCCGCCGCCACAACCACCCAUACCGGAUCAUCGACAUCAACGGUUAAAACUCUUAUCAAAAAGUCUGGCAGUUCUUCAUCGACUCAGUCGUCGAACCGCAAGGAUAGUUUUGGUUCGCGUGAUUCCCUUAACGAUAUUCUAUCAGAGACCGGUUUACCCACCGGCAAUGUAGCAGCCCAACGUAAAUCGCUGGAGAAUAAAAACUUAGAUUUGACCAAUACAUCCGAUGUUGCGACACGUUUGGCACUUAAAAAACAACAAAUGCAUGCCCAGCAACAACAACAACACCAGGAAGCAAAGGUAGUUACCGCGUCAUCGUCGAUUAACAGCAGCCACAGUACCAAUACGAAUACCACCAUAACUACCUCGUCAAUGGGAGGCGCCACCACCACAAGUGAGCUACGCAAAAGUAUGGAGAAUAUGGACGAAAAAUCAACAAAGACCACACCGCCGCCAGUUGUAAAUAAGAAACCAACGUUACCCGUUAAGAAGACCACAACUGUGACAAGCAUCACAGGCAACAUUUUAUCGGGCAUUAAACAAAAAGUCAAAAGUGUUGAAAAUAAAUUAACAACAGCAGCAUCACAUGACUAUGCCGACGGUAUUGGCAGCAGUAAAUUAUCCCCAAGCGCUGUGGCCUCCGACAACAGCGGUGUGGUUAUGCGAAGAGCAGCCACUAUUGCUGCCGAUUCGGACUUUGAUCGCGUUGAACGCGGUUCAAUCUUAACCGAUAUGCGCGCUGGACGCGUUAAGGCGCCAAAACGUAGACCACCCUCGGCAGCCAUUAGCACAAUGGGCGAAAGCAAUAACAACUCGCUGUAUGUCAACGGUAAUGGUAGUGAUACUACACAAAGUGAUGAUCAGCUCAAAUCCGAUGACAAUUCAACGGGAGAAGAGCAAUUGGCCAAACCAAAACCUCGCGAAUGGGAAAAGAAAAAGGCACCCUGGAUGGAAGAACUGAAAGCAUCACAAGUGAAAAAGAAAACAUCACCGAAUGUUGAUGGUGCAGGCACCUCCGGGAUGGGCUCACUGGCUGAUCGCACCUCUAAAUUGUUCAGCGAAGACAUCAAGACUACCAAUCAAACAGUAUCGAGUACAAACUCCACAUUGACGGCUACGUCCUCAUCAACAAAAGUGCAAUCCUCAUCGGUUUCCAGUACUAGUAUAAUGCAACAAUCCAUGGUAGUGGAGAGCAGUAGUAGUAGCUCCAGCAGCAAUGUAACCAGUAAAACACUCACCGAUGCCAUGACUAAGAGUUUAAGUGCUAAAAUGGCAAGUGAUGCAGCCGCUGCACUGGCUGCAGCAUCUGCCACAAAUAAUAAUGCCUCCACCACCACCAGCUCAACCUCUAACACACUCCUGGAAGAUGUCAGAAUUCGACCAAACAGUUUGUCGAUACGUAAUCGCAGUGCAUCACCUUCAAUGGGUGGAGCAACUCGAAAUGUUUUGAAAACGACCAAUACCACCUCUGCUUCUCCCGCCGCCGAAGCGACUAGCAGCAAUGCGCACCACAGCAAUUCACAUGCAUCAUCAUCUGUUGCCAAAACCACCUCCUCCUCUACCACCACAACCUCCGCCGCUGACGCUCCCACCGUUAUUAACAAUCACCAUCCUAAUGCACAUCAUCACCAACUGGACAAUGGUCACACCACCACCAGCUCCAAACAGCAGCAAGUCGUCGAUGGCAAACGUGUAUGCGAUUUGGAAGCCCGUGUAGAGAAGUUGGAACUGUUGGUUCAUGCUCAACAGCGUACAAUUGACGAACUUGUACGAACAUUGCGCGAAGAGAGUGAUCGCAAUAAAGUUCUUCGUGCUGAAUUGGAUAAAUAUGCACAGUGCGUGACACAAGUUUAAA